CCGUAAAUAUGAACCAAGCUGAUACCUUUGAAGACAAUAUAAAUCAUCCACAUAUCUCUAAGAUGACAGAUGAUGUCAGGUUCCCUUAUAAGAAAUACACAGAAUUUGCUAUGGAAUGGAAAGGUAUUGUAGAUGAGUAUGAAUGGAUGUACAGUAAUUUGAAAAGAGAAAUUGGAACAAGCAAAACACCUUUUGUUAUUGGAAACGAAAACUUUAGUUUAACUUCCACAGUAAAAAGCAGAGUGUAUGUGUAUGGUAAACGCAAGAUAUUUAAAAAGGGAGACACGGUACAUAUAGUGGUAGAAGCAUAUGAUAAAUACGGUAAUGCGAGAAAGAAAGGUGGGGACUUUCUUCAGGCAAUCAUGUCAAAUAAAAAACUUGUUAAAAGCACUGCUGGGCGAGUACUCGACUAUGGGAAUGGUACGUAUUCUGUGUACUUCUAUGCUGCUUGGGCUGGGCAAGCAAGUAUUGAUGUUAUUAAGCCAUUUUCACGAGAGUUUAUACUGUAUAUGAACAAUGUUUUGAGGCACAAAGAGCUACGUAUACCAAGGGACGGCGAUUUUGGCGAUGGAGUCAACACAUAUAAGGGUGUUUGCUACUUAAUCCAUGAUCGUCGGUGGGAAAAUAUGUGUACCUAUGAGAAUAAAAACUCACUUGGUCAAACGGUAUUGGUUUGUGAUAAACCCAAAGACCCAUUGCAGUGCAAAGAUAUUGUCAAUGUUACUGCUUAUACUACAUACUUACACAGGGUAGCAUCUGAAGAUGUGGCAGGAGCUGAUUAUAUAUUCAAAGAGUAA